AUGGCAGAAGAUCAUGAGGUGGUGGUAUUUGGUGCUUGGGCAAGCCCUUAUAGUCGCAGGAUAGAGGCUGCUCUUAAACUGAAAGGAGUGCCCUACAAAUACAUUGAAGAAGAUUUAGGCAAAAAGAGUCCUUCGCUUCUCAAAUACAACCCCAUCCACAAGAAGAUUCCCGUCCUCGUACACAAUGGAAAGCCUAUCGCGGAGUCCCUUGUUAUUCUUGAAUACAUCGAUGAAACUUGGCAGGAGGGCUAUCCCUCACUCAUGCCCAAAGAUCCUUAUCAGAGAUCCCUUGCACGUUUCUGGGCCAAGUUCAUUGACGACAAGUGCAUGCCUGCGAUACGGAAAGCUUGCUGGGGCGAAGAGCAAGAGCGUGAGAAGGCUGGGGAAGAAGUAGCAGAACUACUAAAAUUACUGGAGAAGGAGCUCAAGGAGAAGAGAUUCUUUGGGGGAGAGAACAUAAGAAUGGUAGACAUUGCUGCAAACAUCAUAGGCUUCUCGCUUGGAGCUUAUGAAGAAGCUUCUGGGGUAAAGUUAAUGACAAGAGAGAAAUUUCCUAAACUCUGCAACUGGAGGGAUGAGUUCAUGAGCAACAGUGCUGCUAUCAAGGAAAAUGCACCUCCCAGAGAGGAACUCAUUUCCUUUCUACGAAAUUACUUUCGUAAAAAUAAUAGUUAAUAAUCCUGCACCAAUGUAAUAAAUAGGCUUGAUUUCUCUUACGAUCAAGUUUGUAAUUUCAUUAAUAUUUUAAUUUGUCUAUCAUAAUUAGUGUUGGAUUUUGUUUAAUUAAUUUGGAAUCGUUCGUAUAAAUAA